AUGGCUGCUAAAGGCGCCUCCCCUGCAAACCCCAGCACGGCUGGCUCCGCGCCCGCACCUGCCGACCCCGAAACCCGCAACGCCAUCAACGCGCGUGUCAUUGGGCGCAAAGAUGCCUUCUUUGCAGAGAUUGUUGAGAAUGCCGGCAUCGCCACCUUGUACAACUACAUUCCAUCCGUCGGCACAUAUGUCAAGCAGCCCGCCAUGGGACCCCUCUUCCUCAUUCGGCGCACUAAAGCGCCCGAGUAUGCGCUGUACAUGAUUAACCGUUCCGGGCCAAAGAACCAUUUCUGGGGCCUUUACCCAACCGAGAUGAGGAUUACUGCCCAUGACAAGGACAAGGUUAUCGAGGUCGCGAGGCGAGGCGAAUCGGAGCGUCCUCGCUUCUGGCUCGAUGAGUCUGAGACACUCCGGCCUCUGUAUGACCGCAUCCAGGGCAUUGUUGGGCCUCCUGUCAAGCCAGACAGCUCGGCAAAAGCUGGUGGCAACGCUGCAGCGCCUUCUUCCGCCCAGACCUCCCAGCCUUCCUCCCACCCCGCCGUGCAGCCUCCUGCGCAACCAACAGCGCAACCUCAGAUCCAGCAGCCACCGCCUGGACAGAACGGUCUUGCGCAGCUCUUCGCGGGUCUCGGUGUUGUGUCCGGUCCCAACGCGGCGCCGCCUGUCCUCAACCCCCAGCCUCAGCCGCACUCUGCCGGCAUCCAGCAGCCCCCGUAUCUUCAAUAUCCUCAGCAGCCCCCGCAGAACCCUCACCACUACACUGCCAACGUUGCUCCUUUCGUCGGGCCACAGGCACCGUACUCGCACUACUCGAGCUCGCCUGUCCCUGGCCACAGUGACUCGUCUACCCCUCAACCUCCUGCACCGCCUCCCAUGGCGCCCAAAAACUUUGGUCCUCACGAGACCGCGGAUGGGCUGUUCAAGAGUCUCUUAGGUGGUGUGGCCAGCUUCCCUACUUAUGGUCAACCUUCUCCUGUCAGCAACAGUGGCGCUGUUCCCGCUUCCCCCGCAACCUCCGGCUCGCCCGUACGCGGUCCACCAGGCCUCGGGCCUGGGCCGCCUAUGCCUGGUGGUCCUCCUCCGCGCGGCUUCCCUAGUGCUCCUCACCACGGAGGAGGUCCAGGGCCUACCAACGGACAUACGUCUCCUCCCCACAACCAGCCGCAACCGCAGUCUCCGUUCUAUCCCCAGUCGCUGCCCUCGAAUCUACCUGCCAACCCGUCACCCGAGGGCAUGCGUGACGCCUUGCUGUCCACGAUGGGCUUCCCUCCGGAGAAUACGCGACAGCAGCCCAUGGUUAGCAGGGAACAGUUGAUCGGUACGAUGGUACAGCUCCUCCAGACCAACCCGAACUUCUGCGAGGACGUGUACAGGGCGUACCUGGCGCGCAAUGGUGGCGGGCCACGUCAGUAG